AUGAACUCGAUAGAUUAUAUAUCUAGCACGUGUGAGAAUGAUGCGGAGAAGUUUGUUAAUAAUAUCAGUGUGAAUAAUACGGAGAAGUUCGUUAAUAUCAGUGUCACGAAUGAUUUGACUGUGGAGAGUACGGAGAAACAGACAUAUGUUGAUAGCGAUUUGGACAGUGAAAAUGAAACUAUUGAUGUCAUAUGUGAGAACAGUGGACAUAUGAAUAAUAUUAAUUACAAUACAAUAGCUUAUAGCUCCGCCGAUAGUGUUAUAUACUCCAAAAACUUAUACGCCAACAAAAUGACAGUGAAAAAACGAGUGUGUGAUAGUGAACAAAUUAAAAUUAUUAACGAUUCCGCGAACAGUUUAUUACAAGCGAAGGGAAAGAAUUUUCUUAUAGACAGUAUUCUAGGCAAUGAUGAAAAUAAAACUCAAAGUAAAGUCAUCCAAGACGCUGACAAUUCAGAGGAAACGGCAGACGAACAUAAUGUGUCAUCAACUUCAACAUGUGCAGACCUCUCCAUCAACAGCGCUGAUGUGUUGGCGGGACAUGCGUACGCGCAUUGGCUGGCUACACAACAACCUACUUUUUAUGAUGACAAGAAUAAUCGGAGGCAGCGACGUACCGGGCCAGAAAGGAAACCUCGGCAGGCGUACAGCGCGAAACAAUUAGAAAGACUUGAAGCUGAAUUUAAGUUAGACAAAUAUCUGAGCGUAUCAAAAAGAUUGGAACUCUCCAAAGCGCUCGGACUAACAGAGGUUCAAAUAAAAACGUGGUUCCAAAAUCGAAGAACAAAAUGGAAGAAACAACUCACAUCACGUCUUAAAAUCGCCCAGCGUCAAGGAUUAUUCCCCGGACAUAUCUUCGGACACGCCCCGCAAACCUAUUCACUUAUAAAUCCUUACACUUACAGUCCAUUAAGCUGCAUGUUUACUCCAGUAACGCUACCGACGUCGCAACCAUGA